AUGGCUAGUCGACGCCAAAAGCAGUUCGAUCGGAAGUACAGCUCCUAUCGAAAAUUCACUGCAACCGAAGAUGUCAACUACAGUACCCACUCGUCAAGAUCAUCCUAUCGAUCUGAAUCAUUGACUUCGAGAACCGAUGGACGCGGGCGGUCCACGUCAUCCGAAAUCAUUGCCGGAUCGGAAUCCCGAUCUUAUCCAGUGUACAUUGCGAUUCAAGACUACACUCCUGACAAAGAAGACGUGGAAGCGAUUCCCUUAGAACAAGGUCAAAUUGUCGAGGUGCUCGACAAGAAGAACUCGGUUCGAUGGCUUGUUAGAACAAAGGCACGUCCACCACGUUCCGGUUGGGUUCCGGGAUCGUACUUUGAAACUCCGACCGAGUUUUACAAGCAAAGAAGACGAACGAGAGAAAUUGAGAACGUCAGUCUGUCUGAUGAACAGGCGGCUCUUGUCAAGAGAGACCAAGUCUACCAUGAGCUGCUCCGUUCCGAAGAGGAAUUCGUCUCAUCUCUUCGAACUUGCGUCGAUGAUUACAUCAAAGUUCUCGAUGAUCCCGAAGUACCAGAAGCCGUCAAAAAGAACCGCGAAGAGCUUACUCUCAACAUUCCAGAGCUCUAUAAUUUCCACGCCAAUGUGAUGCUGAAAGGCCUCAACUAUUAUUCUGACGAUCCGGGCAAGGUCGGUCAGACUUUUGUCCGUCUUGAAAAAGACUUUGAGAGCCACGUGGAGUUCUAUAAGCAGUACGCAGAUACACUGAAAUUGCUUGAAGAACCUGAAAUUAAGAGAUUCUUUGAGGGUCUCUCCGCAAAAAAUGACGCUGGAGCAUCCUCAUUCGUCGACCAUGUCAAAGAGAUCGCCGAUCGAAUGGUCCAAUAUCAAAAUUAUUUUAAAGAGUUUGUCAAGUAUUCUGCAAGAGCACACGGUUCAUCAAAAAGUAUUCAAAAGGCGCUGGAAUUGGUCACCACUAUUCCGCAAAGAGUUCACGAUCUAGAAUUCACCAAUAAUUUGAAGCAACAUCCAGGAGAUACUGGAAAGUUGGGACGGAUUAUCAGACAUGACGCUUUCCAAGUGUGGGAAGGAGAUGAGCCACCGAAACUUCGCUACGUGUUCCUGUUCCGAAAUAAAAUAAUGUUCACGGAACAAGAUGCAUCGACAAGUCCACCAAGUUAUACACAUUAUUCAUCAAUUCGAUUGGACAAAUACAAUAUCAGACAACACACGACAGACGAGGAUACUAUUGUCCUUCAACCUCAGGAACCGGGACUUCCAAGUUUCAGAAUCAAACCAAAGGACUUUGAAACUUCGGAGUACGUGCGCAAAGCCUGGCUGAGGGACAUCGCAGAGGAGCAGGAGAAAUAUGCUGCUGAACGAGAUGCGAUCUCGAUGACGGCAACGUCAGAGAUGACCGCAUCCUCGGUCGAUUUCGAUAUGAACGCGUCGGACCAGCAAUCCGAAUUUUCGGAAUGGUCCGGCUCCCGAAAGAGCAGCUUGUUCCCUGGUCCAGAAGAAGGAGGUCCACCACGAAAGAAGGUAAAAUCACCGCCGGUGAUUUCACCUACCGGCUCGUCCACCAGUAUCUAUUCAGGAGGAAGUAGUAGUAUUGAUUGGACAACAACUGGAACGACACUCGAAAUGCAAGGAACGCGUGUAACCAGAACCCAAUACGGUUUCAGAACCUUGCAAGAAUCAUCAGCGAAAAUGUGUCUGAAAGUAACUGGAUAUCCAUUACCUGAUAUCACAUGGUACAAAGAUGAUGUACAACUUCAUGAAGAUGAGAGACACACUUUUUAUUCGGAUGAAGAUGGUUUCUUUGCGAUGACCAUUGAUCCAGUUCAGGUGACCGACACUGGUCGUUACACAUGUAUGGCAACAAACGAAUACGGUCAGGCAUCCACUUCUGCCUUUUUCCGAGUUUUGAAAGUCGAAAAAGAAGCUGCUCCACCAGCAUUUGUCACAAAACUCAGAGACAAAGAAUGCAAAGAAGGUGAUGUUAUUGAUUUCGAAUGUGAAGUUGAAGGAUGGCCUGAACCGGAACUUGUAUGGCUUGUCGACGAUCAGCCACUCCGACCAUCCCACGACUUUCGGCUGCAAUAUGAUGGACAGACGGCAAAGCUCGAAAUUCGUGAUGCUCAGCCGGAUGAUACUGGAGUCUAUACAGUCAAGAUUCAAAAUGAGUUCGGAUCGAUUGAAAGCAAGGCUGAGCUCUUUGUUCAAGCAGAUCCAGAUAAGAACCAUGUGGCUCCAGAGUUCCAGGCAACAAUUGAAUAUGUUGAGUGUGAUGAGGGAGAGGAAGUUCGAUUCAAGUCAGUUAUUACUGGAGAUCCUAAUCCAGAAAUCAUUUGGUUCAUCAAUGGAAAACCACUGAGUGAAUCAGAAAAAGUCAAGUUCAUCUCGGAAGAUGGAAUCUGCAUCUUAACGAUUAAAGACGUAACCAGGCAUUUCGAUGGAAUGGUUACAUGUCAAGGAUCAAACAGAUUGGGUUCAGCGUCUUGUGAUGGAAGGCUAAAAGUCAGAGUUCCACCAGCACCACCAACCUUUAAUAAGCCACUCGAAGAUAAGACAGUCCAGGAGAAGAGUACUGUUGUGUUCGAAGUGGAUGUCAGCGGAUGGCCAGAGCCAACACUAACCUUCACACUUUGCGGAAAAGAGUUGAAAAACGGUGAAGAAGGCGUUGAAAUCGUAGGGCACGACGGUUUCUAUCGCAUUUCGAUCCCGAACACAUCGAUGGACAAGCACGACGGUGAAAUUGUGGCAAAGGCUCAAAAUGAGCAUGGAACCGCGGAGAGUAGGGCACGGCUCACUGUGGAACAGGAGGAGGAGGAGUCGCGCAGUGCGCCGACUUUCUUGAAGGAUAUUGAAGAUCAAACCGUAAAAACCGGCGAGUUCGCCGUCUUCGAGACAACCGUUCGCGGAAAUCCGAAUCCGGAGGUUACUUGGUUCAUCAACGGGCACAAGAUGGAUCAGGGCAGUCCGGGCGUCAAGAUCGAGGCGCACAAUCACGACCAUAAGCUGACUAUCGACUCGGCACAGUACGCGGGCACCGUACUCUGCAGAGCUGAAAAUGCUGUUGGACGAUUCGAAACGAAAGCCCGACUCGUUGUUCUGGCCCCAGAAAAACAGAAGAAACCACCGAAAUUCGUGGAGAUUCUUGUCGACAAAACCGAAACCGUCGACAACACAGUUGUGUUUGAAGUUCGCGUUGAAGGUGAACCAAAACCGACUGUAACAUGGUAUUUAAAAGGAGAAGAACUCAAACAAUCGGAUCGCGUCGAGAUUCGAGAAUUCGAUGGAUCAAUAAAAAUCUCAAUCAAGAACAUCAAAAUUGAAGAUGCCGGAGAGAUCAGGGCUGUUGCGACAAACUCUGAAGGAUCUGAUGAGACGAAGGCGAAAUUGACUGUUCAGAAGAAGCCAUUCGCUCCAGAAUUUGAUUUGCGACCAGUUAGCUUGACAGUCGAAAAGGGAUCCGAAGCAGUUUUCAGUGCACACGCUUUUGGUAUUCCAUUGCCAACUUAUGAAUGGUCUGUCAAUGGAAGAAAGGUGCGAGAUGGACAGGAAGGGGCGCGCGUAACACGUGACGAGAGCACCGUCGACGGCGCAUCGAUCCUGACGAUCGACACGGCGACAUACUAUUCCGAAGUGAACCAUCUGACAAUUUCUGUUGUCGCAGAAAACACACUCGGAGCCGAAGAGACGGGCGCCCAGUUGACGAUCGAGCCGAAGAAGGAGAGUGUCGUCGUCGAAAAGCAAGAUUUGUCCAGUUCAGAAGUCCAGAAGGAAAUAGCUCAGCAGGUAAAAGAAGCUUCUCCUGAGGCAACAACAACCAUCACAAUGGAGACAUCGUUGACGUCAACUAAAACAACUACAAUGUCCACAACUGAAGUCACAUCAACAGUUGGAGGAGUGACUGUCGAGACCAAGGAGUCGGAAUCGGAAUCCGCGACAACAGUGAUCGGAGGAGGAUCAGGUGGUGUAACCGAGGGAAGCAUCAGUGUUAGCAAGAUUGAGGUUGUCUCGAAGACGGACUCACAGACUGAUGUUAGAGAAGGAACACCAAAGAGACGAGUGUCGUUUGCUGAAGAGGAAUUGCCAAAAGAGGUUAUUGAUUCGGACCGCAAAAAGAAGAAGAGUCCAAGCCCGGACAAAAAGGAGAAGAGCCCUGAGAAAACUGAGGAAAAGCCUGCUAGUCCUACUAAGAAGACUGGUGAGGAGGUGAAGUCUCCAAAGGAGAAGAGCCCAGCAAGUCCGACAAAGAAGGAAAAGUCACCUGCAGCAGAGGAAGUUAAAUCACCUACCAAAAAGGAGAAAUCUCCAUCAUCACCAACCAAGAAGGAAAAGAGCCCAUCGUCUCCAACCAAAAAGACUGGGGAUGAGGUGAAAGAAAAGUCUCCACCAAAGAGCCCAACCAAAAAGGAAAAGAGCCCGGAGAAACCUGAAGAUGUAAAAUCUCCAGUUAAGAAGGAAAAAAGCCCGGAUGCAACUAAUAUUGUUGAAGUUUCCUCUGAAACAACAAUUGAGAAAACUGAAACUACUAUGACCACUGAGAUGACACACGAAUCGGAAGAGUCAAGAACUUCCGUGAAAAAGGAGAAGACUCCGGAGAAGGUUGAUGAAAAACCAAAGAGCCCGACGAAGAAGGACAAAUCACCAGAAAAGUCUAUUACCGAGGAGAUCAAGUCACCUGUCAAAAAAGAGAAAUCUCCGGAGAAGGUGGAAGAGAAACCAGCUAGUCCUACCAAGAAAGAGAAGUCUCCAGAAAAACCAGCUUCGCCGACAAAGAAGUCGGAAAAUGAAGUAAAAUCUCCAACUAAAAAAGAGAAGAGUCCAGAGAAAUCUGUAGUUGAAGAGCUAAAAUCUCCAAAGGAAAAAUCACCAGAGAAGGCUGACGACAAGCCAAAGAGCCCGACAAAGAAGGAGAAGUCACCUGAAAAAUCGGCUACGGAAGAUGUGAAAUCUCCAACCAAAAAAGAAAAAUCUCCAGAAAAAGUUGAAGAGAAGCCAACGAGCCCAACCAAAAAAGAGUCCUCGCCAACUAAAAAGACCGAUGAUGAGGUAAAGUCUCCAACCAAGAAGGAGAAGAGCCCACAAACCGUUGAAGAAAAACCAGCUAGCCCGACAAAGAAGGAGAAGUCGCCAGAGAAAUCUGUAGUAGAAGAGGUGAAAUCUCCCAAAGAAAAAUCUCCAGAAAAGGCUGAGGAGAAGCCAAAGAGUCCUACAAAGAAAGAGAAGUCACCUGAAAAGUCCGCUGCGGAAGAAGUCAAAUCUCCUACCAAAAAAGAGAAGUCUCCAGAAAAGUCUGCUGAGGAGAAGCCUAAGAGCCCAACCAAAAAAGAGUCUUCACCAGUUAAAAUGGCAGAUGAUGAGGUGAAAUCUCCAACCAAGAAGGAAAAGAGCCCCGAAAAGGUUGAAGAAAAACCUGCGAGCCCAACCAAGAAAGAAAAAACACCAGAAAAGUCAGCUGCCGAAGAACUCAAAUCUCCCACGAAGAAGGAAAAGAGCCCAUCUUCACCAACCAAGAAAACUGGGGACGAAUCCAAAGAAAAAUCUCCAGAAAAACCAGAGGAGAAGCCAAAGAGCCCGACACCAAAGAAGUCUCCACCAGGCUCACCAAAGAAGAAGAAGUCAAAGUCGCCGGAAGCCGAAAAGCCUCCAGCGCCAAAGCUCACUCGCGACCUCAAAUUGCAGACAGUCAACAAGACCGACUUGGCCCAUUUCGAAGUUGUCGUUGAACAUGCAACCGAGUGCAAAUGGUUCUUGGAUGGAAAAGAGAUUACGACAGCCCAAGGGGUUACGGUUUCAAAGGACGAUCAAUUUGAAUUCCGUUGCUCAAUUGAUACAACCAUGUUUGGAAGUGGAACUGUGUCUGUUGUGGCUUCAAAUGCUGCUGGUUCCGUGGAGACUAAGACUGAAUUGAAGGUUUUGGAAACUCCAAAGGAAACCAAGAAACCAGAAUUCACUGACAAGCUCAGAGAUAUGGAAGUCACAAAGGGAGAUACAGUACAGAUGGACGUCAUCGCCCUACACUCGCCUCUAUACAAAUGGUACCAAAAUGGAAAUCUGUUGGAAGAUGGAAAGAAUGGAGUUACCAUUAAGAACGAGGAAAACAAAUCUUCAUUGAUCAUUCCAAAUGCUCAAGAUUCUGGAAAGAUCACAGUUGAAGCUUCGAACGAAGUCGGAUCAUCUGAAUCCUCUGCUCAACUGACUGUCAAUCCACCAUCAACUACCCCAAUUGUUGUUGAUGGACCAAAGUCGGUGACUAUCAAGGAAACGGAAACUGCUGAGUUCAAGGCAACAAUUAGCGGAUUCCCAGCACCAACUGUCAAAUGGACGAUUAAUGAAAAGAUCGUAGAGGAAUCUAGAACUAUCACCACUAUCAAGACGGAAGACGUCUAUACUUUGAAGAUCUCUAAUGCAAAGAUCGAGCAGACUGGAACUGUGAAAGUUACUGCUCAAAAUUCAGCUGGACAGGAUAGCAAGCAAGCUGACCUUAAGGUUGAACCAAAUGUGAAAGCUCCAAAGUUCAAGUCUCAGCUCACUGAUAAGGUUGCUGAUGAAGGAGAACCACUCCGUUGGAAUCUUGAAUUGGAUGGGCCAUCACCUGGAACUGAAGUCUCUUGGCUUCUUAACGGACAGCCACUUACAAAGAGUGAUACUGUUCAAGUAGUCGAUCAUGGAGAUGGAACUUAUCAUGUGACGAUUGCAGAGGCCAAGCCAGAAAUGUCUGGAACUCUUACAGCAAAAGCAAAGAACGCCGCAGGAGAGUGUGAGACAUCGGCAAAGGUUACUGUGAAUGGAGGAAACAAGAAACCAGAAUUUGUUCAAGCUCCACAAAAUCACGAGACAACUCUUGAAGAAAGUGUUAAGUUCAGCGCUAUUGUUACUGGAAAACCAAUGCCAAAUGUGACAUGGUAUUUGAACAACAAGAAGUUGAUCCAGAGUGAGGAGGUUAAAGUGAAGUAUGUUCAUGAGACUGGAAAGACAUCAAUCCGCAUUCAAAAGCCACUCAUGGAGCACAAUGGAACUAUCCGCGUUGAAGCUGAGAAUGUGUCAGGAAAGGUUCAAGCCACAGCUCAAUUGAAGGUUGACAAAAAGACUGAAGUUCCAAAGUUCACUACGAACAUGGAUGAUCGUCAAGUCAAAGAGGGAGAAGAUGUGAAGUUCACUGCAAAUGUGGAAGGAUACCCUGAACCAUCUGUAGCAUGGACUUUGAAUGGAGAACCAGUUUCUAAGCAUCCAAACAUCACUGUUACCGACAAGGACGGAGAGCACACCAUCGAAAUUUCCGCCGUCACACCCGAACAAGCUGGAGAGCUGUCUUGCGAAGCGACAAACCCCGUCGGAUCCAAAAAGAGAGAUGUUCAACUCGCUGUUAAAAAGGUCGGUGAUGCACCAACGUUUGCAAAGAAUCUCGAAGAUCGGUUGAUCACCGAGGGAGAGUUGACAUUGAUGGAUGCUAAAUUAAACAUUGUAAAACCAAAGCCAAAGAUCACCUGGCUUAAGGAUGGUGUUGAAAUUACUUCUGAUGGGCAUUAUAAGAUUGUUGAAGAGGAAGAUGGAUCCUUGAAACUUAGCAUUCUUCAAACUAAACUGGAAGAUAAGGGAAGAAUCACGAUUAAAGCGGAAAGCGAAUUUGGCGUUGCGGAAUGUUCAGCAUCUCUUGGAGUUGUUAAGGGACGCCCAAUGGCCAAACCAGCAUUCCAAAGUGAUAUUGCACCAAUUAACCUCACCGAAGGAGAUACCCUUGAAUGCAAGCUUCUCAUCACCGGAGACCCAACACCUUUCGUCAAGUGGUACAUUGGAACACAACUCGUUUGUGCCACUGAAGAUACUGAGAUCUCUAAUGCCAAUGGAGUUUACACUAUGAAGAUUCAUGGUGUGACUGCUGACAUGACUGGAAAGAUCAAGUGCGUCGCAUACAAUAAGGCUGGAGAAGUGAGCACCGAGGGUCCACUCAAGGUUGUUGCACCGAUUCCGGUUGAAUUUGAAACAUCUCUAUGUGAUGCUACCUGCAGAGAAGGAGAUACUCUCAAAUUGAGGGCAGUAUUGCUCGGAGAGCCAGAACCAGUUGUCUCGUGGUAUGUGAACGGAAAGAAGUUGGAAGAAUCUCAGAAUAUCAAGAUUCAUUCUGAGAAAGGAACAUACACGGUUACAAUCAAAGACAUCACAUGCGAUUAUUCUGGACAAGUCGUCUGCGAGGCAAUCAACGAGUAUGGAAAAGCAACAUCUGAGGCUACAUUGCUCGUGCUGCCACGUGGUGAACCUCCAGAUUUCUUGGAAUGGCUCAGCAAUGUUCGCGCAAGAACUGGAACCAAGGUCGUGCACAAGGUUGUCUUCACAGGAGACCCGAAACCAAGCCUUACAUGGUACAUCAAUAAUAAGGAGAUUCUCAACUCGGAUCUUUACACCAUCGUCACAGAUGAUAAAACAUCAACGUUGACAAUCAACAGCUUCAACCCAGAUGUUCAUGUUGGAGAAAUUAUCUGCAAGGCCGAGAACGAUGCUGGAGAAGUUUCCUGUACCGCAAACAUGAUCACCUACACAUCUGACAUGUUCAGUGAAUCUGAAAGUGAAGCCCAAGCUGAAGAAUUUGUCGGAGACGAUCUCACUGAAGAUGAGAGUCUUCGAGAGGAAAUGCACCGUACUCCAACUCCAGUUAUGGCACCCAAAUUCAUCACAAAGAUCAAGGAUACCAAAGCCAAGAAGGGACACUCUGCUGUCUUUGAAUGCGUUGUUCCAGACACCAAGGGAGUGUGCUGCAAGUGGUUGAAGGACGGAAAAGAGAUUGAGCUGAUUGCCAGAAUCCGGGUUCAAACUAGAACUGGACCAGAGGGACACAUCACUCAAGAACUUGUCCUCGACAACGUCACUCCAGAAGAUGCCGGCAAGUACACGUGCAUCGUUGAGAACACCGCCGGAAAAGAUACCUGUGAGGCGACGCUAACUGUCAUUGAAUCAUUGGAGAAGAAGUCGGAGAAAAAAGCUCCAGAAUUCAUUGUUGCUCUUCAAGAUAAGACAACAAAGACAUCCGAGAAGGUUGUUCUUGAAUGCAAAGUCAUCGGAGAGCCAAAGCCGAAAGUCAGCUGGCUUCACGAUAAUAAGACAAUUACUCAAGAGUCUAUCACAGUUGAAUCAGUGGAAGGCGUCGAAAGAGUCACAAUCACUUCAUCUGAAUUGUCUCAUCAAGGAAAAUACACCUGCAUUGCCGAGAACACUGAAGGAACAUCUAAGACUGAAGCAUUCUUGACUGUCCAAGGCGAAGCUCCAGUGUUCACAAAGGAACUGCAGAACAAGGAGUUAUCAAUUGGAGAGAAGCUCGUUCUCUCGUGUUCUGUCAAAGGAUCCCCACAGCCGCAUGUCGAUUUUUAUUCGUUCUCGGAAACUACGAAGGUGGAGACGAAGAUCACCUCAUCCAGUCGAAUCGCCAUUGAGCAUGACCAGACCAAUACGCAUUGGAGAAUGGUUAUCAGUCAAAUCACAAAAGAAGAUAUUGUCUCCUACAAAGCUAUUGCCACAAAUUCAAUUGGAACUGCUACUUCAACAUCAAAGAUCACCACGAAGGUAGAGGCACCAGUCUUUGAGCAAGGAUUAAAGAAGACAAGUGUGAAGGAGAAGGAAGAAAUUAAGAUGGAAGUAAAGGUCGGAGGAAGUGCUCCAGAUGUUGAAUGGUUUAAGGAUGACAAACCAGUCAGUGAAGAUGGAAAUCAUGAGAUGAAGAAGAAUCCAGAAACUGGAGUGUUUACUCUGGUUGUGAAACAAGCUGCAACUACAGAUGCUGGAAAGUAUACCGCCAAGGCUUCCAAUCCAGCAGGUACUGCUGAAUCUUCUGCAGAGGCUGAGGUCACUCAAUCUCUCGAGAAACCAACUUUCGUGAGGGAACUUGUCACAACUGAAGUCAAGAUCAAUGAAACUGCAACUUUGUCCGUUACAGUGAAAGGAGUUCCAGAUCCGAGUGUUGAAUGGCUUAAGGAUGGACAACCAGUGCAAACUGAUUCAAGUCAUGUGAUUGCUAAGGUUGAAGGAUCCGGAAGCUACUCGAUUACCAUUAAGGAUGCGAGACUCGAGGACUCUGGAAAGUACGCAUGCCGUGCAACCAAUCCAGCAGGUGAAGCCAAAACUGAGGCUAACUUUGCAGUUGUCAAGAACUUGGUUCCACCAGAAUUUGUUGAGAAACUCAGUCCACUCGAAGUGAAGGAGAAGGAAAGUACCACCUUGUCCGUCAAGGUUGUAGGAACACCAGAACCAUCUGUUGAAUGGUUCAAGGAUGAUACUCCAAUUAGUAUCGACAAUGUUCAUGUCAUUCAGAAGCAGACAGCUGUUGGAUCCUUCAGUUUAACCAUCAAUGACGCGAGACAGGGAGAUGUUGGAAUCUACUCUUGCCGUGCUAGGAAUGAAGCUGGGGAAGCUCUUACAACAGCGAACUUUGGAAUCAUCAGGGAUUCUAUUCCACCAGAGUUUACUCAAAAACUUCGACCACUUGAAGUCAGAGAGCAGGAGACUCUUGAUUUGAAAGUUACUGUAAUUGGAACCCCAGUACCAAAUGUUGAAUGGUUCAAGGAUGAUAAGCCAAUCAAUAUUGAUAACUCGCACAUUUUUGCAAAGGAUGAAGGAUCAGGACAUCAUACUCUCACAAUUAAACAAGCUAGAGGAGAAGAUGUUGGAGUCUACACCUGCAAAGCCACCAACGAAGCCGGAGAAGCCAAAACCACUGCAAACAUGGCUGUUCAAGAAGAGAUUGAAGCACCAUUGUUUGUUCAAGGCCUGAAACCAUACGAGGUGGAACAAGGCAAGCCAGCUGAAUUGGUGGUUCGUGUAGAAGGAAAGCCAGAGCCUGAGGUUAAAUGGUUCAAGGAUGGAGUUCCGAUUGCUAUUGACAAUCAGCAUGUGAUUGAGAAGAAGGGAGAGAAUGGAUCUCAUACUCUUGUCAUCAAAGACACCAACAAUGCUGACUUCGGAAAGUACACAUGCCAAGCUACAAACAAGGCUGGAAAGGAUGAAACUGUUGGAGAGCUCAAGAUUCCAAAGUAUUCAUUCGAAAAGCAAACUGCUGAAGAAGUCAAGCCACUGUUCAUUGAGCCACUAAAGGAAACAUUUGCCGUUGAAGGAGAUACCGUUGUUCUUGAAUGCAAGGUGAACAAGGAAUCACAUCCACAAAUCAAGUUCUUCAAGAAUGAUCAACCAGUGGAGAUUGGACAACACAUGCAAUUGGAAGUAUUGGAAGAUGGAAAUAUCAAGCUCACAAUUCAAAAUGCCAAGAAAGAAGACGUUGGUGCAUAUCGUUGCGAGGCUGUGAAUGUUGCCGGAAAGGCCAACACGAAUGCUGAUUUGAAGAUUCAAUUCGCUGCUAAAGUUGAAGAACAUGUCACCGAUGAAAGUGGCCAGCUUGAGGAGAUUGGACAGUUUGAGACUGUCGGAGAUACUGCAUCCUCUAAGACCGACACUGGACGUGGAGCUCCAGAAUUUGUGGAGCUUCUCCGUUCGUGUACAGUUACCGAGAAGCAACAAGCGAUCCUUAAGUGCAAGGUGAAAGGAGAGCCACGACCAAAGAUCAAGUGGACUAAGGAAGGAAAGGAGGUCGAAAUGUCGGCACGUGUUCGCGCUGAGCACAAGGAUGAUGGAACUUUGACGCUGACAUUUGAUAAUGUUACUCAAGCCGACGCCGGAGAAUACAGAUGUGAGGCUGAGAACGAGUAUGGAAGUGCAUGGACCGAAGGGCCAAUUAUUGUCACAUUGGAAGGAGCUCCAAAGAUUGACGGUGAAGCUCCAGACUUCUUGCAACCAGUCAAGCCAGCUGUUGUUACAGUUGGUGAGACUGCAGUUCUUGAAGGAAAGAUUUCUGGAAAACCGAAACCAAGUGUUAAAUGGUACAAGAAUGGAGAAGAGCUCAAGCCAUCCGAUAGAGUUAAGAUUGAGAAUUUGGAUGAUGGAACUCAAAGACUCACCGUUACCAACGCUAAACUCGACGAUAUGGAUGAGUACCGCUGUGAAGCUUCAAAUGAGUUUGGAGAUGUUUGGAGUGACGUCACUCUUACAGUCAAGGAACCAGCUCAAGUUGCUCCAGGAUUCUUCAAGGAACUCUCUGCUAUUCAGGUUAAGGAGACUGAAACCGCCAAGUUUGAAUGCAAGGUUUCGGGAACUAAGCCAGAUGUGAAAUGGUUCAAGGACGGAACUCCAUUGAAGGAAGACAAACGAGUGCACUUCGAAUCAACCGACGAUGGAACUCAAAGACUUGUCAUCGAAGAUUCCAAGACUGAUGAUCAAGGAAACUACCGUAUUGAAGUUUCCAAUGAUGCUGGAGUUGCGAACAGCAAGGUUCCACUCACAGUCGUUCCAUCAGAAACCCUCAAGAUCAAGAAGGGACUCACAGAUGUAAAUGUUACACAGGGAACCAAGAUCCUUCUCUCUGUUGAAGUUGAAGGAAAACCAAAAACUGUCAAAUGGUACAAGGGAACAGAAACUGUCACCAGCUCCCAGACCACAAAGAUCGUGCAGGUGACCGAGUCAGAAUACAAGUUAGAAAUCGAAAGCGCUGAGAUGUCUGAUACUGGAGCUUACCGCGUUGUUCUCUCUACUGAUUCGUUUUCUGUUGAGUCGUCUGCUACAGUAACUGUCACCAAGGCUGCUGAAAAGAUUAGUCUUCCUUCAUUCAAGAAGGGACUCGCUGAUCAAUCCGUUCCAAAGGGAACUCCAUUGGUUUUGGAAGUUGAAAUCGAAGGAAAGCCAAAAGAUGUUAAAUGGUAUAAGAAUGGAGAUGAGAUCAAGGACGGGAAGGUCGAGGAUCUUGGAAACGGAAAAUACCGACUCACAAUUCCAGACUUCCAAGAGAAAGAUGUUGGAGAGUACAGUGUCACUGCUGCUAACGAGGCUGGAGAAAUUGAAUCAAAGGCCAAGGUAAACGUGAGUGCCAAGCCUGAAAUUGUUUCUGGGCUGGUACCAACUACUGUGAAGCAAGGAGAAACUGCCACCUUUAACGUCAAGGUCAAGGGACCAGUCAAGGGAGUCAAGUGGUACAAGAACGGAAAAGAGAUUCCUGAUGCUAAAACAAAGGACAAUGGAGAUGGAUCCUACUCUCUUGAGAUUCCAAACGCUCAAGUUGAAGAUGCAGCUGACUAUAAGGUUGUUGUCUCCAAUGAUGCUGGAGAUGCUGAUUCUUCAGCUGCUCUUACCGUCAAACUUGCUGACGAUGGAAAGGAUAAGGUGAAACCAGAAAUUGUAUCGGGACUUAUUCCAACUACAGUGAAGCAAGGAGAAACUGCCACCUUUAACGUCAAGGUCAAGGGUCCAGUGAAACAGGUCAAGUGGUAUAAGAAUGGAAAAGAAAUUCCCAACGCCAAGGCUAAGGACAACGGAGAUGGAUCCUACUCUCUGGAAAUUCCAAACGCGCAACUUGAUGACACUGCCGACUACAAGGUUGUUGUGUCGAAUGAUGCUGGAGAUGCUGAUUCUUCAGCUGCUCUUACUGUUAAGCUUCCUGGAAUCGCUAUUGUUAAGGGACUUGAAGACGCCGAAGUGCCAAAGGGCAAGAAGGCUGUUCUCCAAGUUGAAACCAACAAGAAGCCAAAGGAAAUUAAAUGGUAUAAGAAUGGAAAGGAGAUUACUCCAAGCGACAAGGCACAACCCGGAAGCGACGGAGACAACAAACCACAGCUGGUUAUUCCAGAUGCUGGUGACGAUGAUGCUGCUGAAUAUAAGGUUGUGUUGACUGAUGAAGAUGGAAAUACUGCCGAUUCGUCAUGCGCCUUGACUGUUAAAUUACCAGCAAAAGAGCCAAAGAUCAUCAAAGGACUCGAGGAUCAAGUGGUGUCGAUUGGAUCUCCAAUUAAGUUGGAAAUCGAAACUUCUGGAUCACCGAAGACUGUGAAAUGGUACAAAAACGGAAAGGAGCUUCCAGGAGCUGCCGCCAAGACCAUCAAGAUUCAGAAGAUCGACGAUAACAAGUAUGUUCUUGAGAUCCCAUCCAGUGUUGUUGAAGAUACCGGAGACUACAAAGUCGAAGUUGCCAACGAGGCAGGAUCUGCAAACAGCAGUGGAAAGAUCACUGUGGAACCAAAGAUCACGUUCUUAAAGCCACUGAAGGAUCAAUCGAUCACUGAGGGAGAAAAUGCCGAAUUCUCAGUUGAAACCAACACCAAGCCAAGAAUUGUCAAAUGGUAUAAGAAUGGACAAGAAAUUAAGCCAAAUUCCCGAUUCAUCAUUGAACAAAAGACUGAUACCAAGUAUCAACUUGUUAUUAAGAACGCUGUUCGUGAUGAUGCAGACACCUACAAGAUUGUUCUUGAAAACACCGCUGGAGAAGCCGAAUCUUCUGCUCAAUUGACUGUUAAGAAAGCUAAGGCUGGACUCUGCAAGAUCGUCAAAGGUCUUGAAGACCAGGUUGUUGCCAAGGGUGCCAAGAUGGUAUUUGAGGUUAAGAUCCAAGGAGAGCCAGAGGAUGUCAGAUGGCUUCGUGAUGCAAAUGUUAUCAGUGCAGGAGCUAAUGCAAUCAUUGAGAAAAUUGAUGACACCACCUACAGGUUGAUAAUUCCAUCCGCUGAUUUGAAGGAUGCUGGUGAAUACACUGUCGAAGUAAUCAAUGAGAGUGGAAAAGCCAAGAGUGAUGCAAAGGGAGAGGUUGAUGAGAAACCAGAGAUUGUUCGAGGACUUGAGAACAUCGAAAUUCCAGAGGGAGAUGACGAUGUGUUCAAGGUUGAAGUCAGUGCUCCAGUCAGACAAGUCAAAUGGUAUAAAAAUGACCAGGAGAUCAAACCAAACAGCCAUUUGGAAGCCAAAAAGAUCGGUCCAAAGAAGUACGAACUUGCUAUCAACCGUGCUCAAUUGGACGAUGGAGCCGACUACAAGGUUGUGCUAUCGAAUGCUGCAGGAGAUUGUGAUUCUUCCGCGGCUCUCACUGUUGUCAAGCCAAAUGUUCUGAAGAUUGUCGAUGGAUUGAAGGAUGUUGAUGUUGAGGAACCCCAACCAGUUGAACUUAAGGUCAAGGUUGAGGGUAUUCCAAAGGUUAUUAAAUGGUACAAGAACGGACAGGAGCUUAAGCCAGAUGCUGACGGAUUCAAAUUUGAAGAGAAACCAGAAUCUGGAGAGUUCUCUCUCACUAUCCCAUCGUCUAAGAAAUCUGAUGGGGGUGCAUACCGUGUUGUUCUUGGAAAUGACAAGGGAGAAGUAUACAGUGGAUCUGUUGUUCAUGUUAAAUCUGCCAAAUCAUCCGAACCAACAUCAGGAGCCAACUUCCUCUCCCCACUCAAGGAUACCGAGGUUGAAGAAGGAGAUAUGCUCACUCUUCAGUGCACUAUUGCUGGAGAACCAUUCCCCGAAGUCAUCUGGGAGAAGGAUGGUGUUGUCCUUCAGAAGGAUGAUAGAAUCACGAUGAGAGUCGCACUUGAUGGUACUGCUACCCUCAGAAUUCGUUCUGCCAAGAAGAGUGACAUUGGACAAUAUCGUGUUACUGCGAAGAACGAAGCUGGAAGCGCUACAAGUGACUGCAAGGUUACCGUCACUGAACAAGGAGAGCAACCAUCGAAGCCAAAGUUCGUUAUUCCAUUGAAGACGGGAGCAGCUCUUCCAGGCGACAAGAAGGAAUUCAAUGUGAAGGUUCGAGGACUUCCAAAGCCAACAUUGCAAUGGUUCUUGAACGGAAUCCCAAUCAAAUUCGAUGAUAGAAUCACCCUCGAUGACAUGGCUGAUGGAAACUACUGUCUUACGAUUCGUGACGUUCGUGAAGAAGACUUCGGAACCUUGAAGUGUAUUGCAAAGAAUGAGAAUGGAACAGAUGAAACUGUCUGUGAAUUCCAACAAGGUGCUGGACACGAUGAUGGAUCUAGAGACGAUCUUCGUUAUCCACCAAGAUUCAAUGUUCCACUUUGGGACAGAAGAAUCCCUGUUGGUGACCCAAUGUUCAUCGAGUGUCAUGUUGAUGCCAACCCGACCGCCGAAGUUGAAUGGUUCAAGGAUGGAAAGAAGAUCGAACACACUGCACAUACCGAAAUCAGAAACACCGUUGAUGGAGCAUGUCGCAUCAAGAUCAUUCCAUUCGAGGAGUCUGAUAUUGGAGUUUACAUGUGCGUUGCUGUAAACGAGUUGGGACAAGCUGAAACUCAAGCCACAUACCAAGUUGAGAUUUUGGAACAUGUGGAGGAGGAGAAGCGCCGAGAAUAUGCUCCAAAGAUUAAUCCACCAUUGGAAGAUAAAACUGUCAAUGGAGGUCAACCAAUCAGAUUAUCAUGCAAGGUUGACGCUAUCCCAAGAGCUUCAGUGGUUUGGUACAAGGAUGGACUUCCACUUCGUGCUGAUUCUAGAACCUCUAUUCAAUAUGAAGAGGAUGGUACAGCUACCCUUGCGAUCAAUGACAGUACCGAGGAAGACAUUGGAGCAUACCGUUGUGUUGCUACAAAUGCUCAUGGAACGAUCAACACCAGUUGCAGUGUGAACGUCAAGGUUCCGAAGCAGGAAGUCAAGAAGGAGGGAGAAGAGCCAUUCUUCACAAAGGGACUUGUCGAUUUGUGGGCGGAUCGUGGAGAUUCGUUCACUUUGAAGUGCGCAGUCACCGGAGAUCCAUUCCCAGAAAUCAAGUGGUACAGAAAUGGACAACUUCUUAGAAAUGGACCAAGAACUGUUAUUGAAACAUCGCCAGAUGGUUCAUGUUCACUUACUGUCAAUGAAUCUACAAUGAGUGAUGAAGGAAUCUAUCGAUGUGAAGCUGAAAAUGCUCAUGGAAAGGCCAAGACUCAAGCUACUGCUCAUGUGCAAAUGGCUCUUGGAAAGACUGAAAAACCAAAAAUGGAUGAAGGAAAACCACCAAAGUUCAUUUUGGAGCUUUCUGAUAUGUCAGUUUCUCUUGGAAAUGUUAUUGAUUUGGAAUGCAAGGUUACCGGACUACCAAAUCCAUCAGUCAAAUGGUCGAAGGAUGGAGGUCCACUGAUUGAGGACUCCAGAUUCGAAUGGUCCAAUGAAGCCAGCAAGGGAGUCUAUCAGCUCAGAAUCAAGAACGCCACCGUACAUGACGAGGGAACUUAUCGCUGCGUUGCCACAAAUGAGAAUGGAAGUGCUACUACCAAGUCAUUUGUAAGAAUGGAUGAUGGUCUUGGAUCAGGUGUUGUGACUGCCAGUCAGCCACCAAGAUUCACUUUGAAGAUGGGAGAUGUUCGUACAACUGAAGGACAACCAUUAAAAUUGGAGUGUAAGGUUGACGCUAGCCCACUUCCAGAGAUGGUUUGGUAUAAGGAUGGAGCCAUUGUUACACCAUCUGACAGAAUUCAAAUUAGUCUGUCACCUGAUGGAGUUGCAACUCUUCUUAUCCCAUCUUGCGUCUAUGAUGAUGAUGGAAUCUACCGUGUAAUUGCCACCAACCCAUCUGGAACUGCCCAGGAUAAGGGAACUGCUACUGUUAAGAAACUUCCAAGAGAUAGCGGUGCCAGAAGGUCUGCUGACAGAGAUGUAUUUGAUGCUAACAAGGCACCAAAGCUUAUGGAGCCACUGGAGAAUAUCAGAAUUCCCGAAAAGCAGUCGUUCCGUCUUCGUUGCAAGUUCAGCGGAGAUCCAAAGCCAACAAUCAAAUGGUUCAAGGAUGGAGAACGUGUAUUCCCAUACGGACGUCUUCAACUCAUCGAGUCUCCAGAUGGUGUCUGUGAGUUGGUGGUUGAUUCUGCCACUCGUCAAGAUGCUGGAGGAUACAGAUGCGUUGCUGAAAACACUUAUGGAUCUGCUAGAACAUCUUGCGAUGUUAAUGUUAUUCGCGGUGAUCGUAAGCCACGCGACAUUGACUCGUCCAUUCGUGAAGGAAAGGCUCCAGGAUUCACCACCCCAUUGACAAUCCGUCGUGCUAAGCCAGGAGAUUCCGUGACAUUCGAAUGCCUUCCAUUCGGAAAUCCAUUCCCAUCAAUCAAGUGGCUUAAGGAUGGACUUGAGCUGUUCUCUGAUGAAAAGAUCAAGAUGGAAGCUGCUGCAGAUGGAACCCAGCGACUCAUUCUUUCCGAUGUCACCUUCUUGAGUGAAGGAUACUUCAGAUGUGUAGCUACCAAUGAGCAUGGAACUGCUUCUACAAAGGCUGAACUUGUCAUCGAAGGAGACCGAACUAUUGGAUCCCGCCCACUUCCAGAAGUAAACGGAGAGCCUGAAGAAUGCAAGCCAAGAAUCCGUCGUGGACUGUACAACAUGAGUAUUCACGAGGGUAAUGUUGUGGAGAUGAUCGUCUGUGCAACUGGUAUCCCAACGCCAACUGUCAAGUGGUACAAGGAUGGACAGGAGAUUGUCGGAGAUGGACCUGAUGGAAAGAGGGUCAUCUUUACGGAUGAACGAGGAAUUCAUCACUUGGUUAUUGUGAAUGCAUCUCCAGAUGAUGAAGGAGAGUACUCGUUGGAAGCAACGAAUAAGUUGGGAUCAGCCAAGACCGAAGGAUCCUUGAACAUUAUCAGACCAAGACAUAUUGCAGAUGCUGACGAGAGAGGAGGCAUGCCAUUCCCACCAGGAUUCGUGCGUCAACUAAAGAACAAGCACGUCUUCAAUCACAUGCCAACAAUCUUCGACUGCCUUGUUGUCGGACACCCAGCCCCUGAAGUAGAGUGGUUCCACAAUGGAAAGAAGAUUGUUCCAGGAGGACGAAUCAAGAUUCAAUCGUGUGGAGGAGGAUCUCAUGCCCUCAUCAUUCUCGAUACAACCCUUGAAGAUGCAGGAGAGUACGUUGCUACUGCGAAGAACUCUCAUGGAUCCGCCAGCUCAUCAGCAGUGCUUGAUGUGACUGUUCCAUUCCUGGACAGCAUCAAGUUCAAUGGAGAGAUUGAUGUGACUCCAUACCUCACCGAGGAAUAUGGAUUCAAGAAGCUUAACACCGCCAGUCUCCCAACUCCACCAGAUCGUGGACCAUUCAUCAAGGAGGUCACCGGACAUUAUCUUACACUCUCAUGGAUUCCAACAAAGAGAGCUCCACCACGUUAUCCACAAGUCACAUAUGUUAUUGAGAUUCGUGAACUUCCAGAGAAACAAUGGUCUCUCUUGGAGUAUAACAUUCCAGAGCCAGUAUGCAAGGUUCGUAAUUUGGAACUCGGAAAGUCAUAUCAAUUCCGUGUUCGUGCUGAGAACAUCUAUGGAAUCUCUGAUCCAUCGCCAGCAUCUCCACCAUCAAGACUCAUGGCUCCACCACAACCAGUAUUCGAUAGAAGAACGAACAAAGUUAUUCCACUUCUUGACCCAUAUGCAGAAAAAGCUCUUGAUAUGAGAUACUCUGAACAGUACGCGUGUGCUCCAUGGUUCUCACCAGGAGUCGUUGAGAAGCGAUACUGCGCCGAGAACGAUACCCUCACAAUUGUUCUGAAUGUGUCCGGAUUCCCGGAUCCAGAUAUCAAAUGGAAGUUCCGUGGAUGGGAUAUUGACACGUCAUCGCCAACCUCUAAAUGCAAAGUGUACACUUAUGGAGGUUCCGAGACAACAUUAGCCAUCACUGGAUUCAGCAAGGAGAAUGUUGGACAAUAUCAAUGUUUCGCCAAGAACGAUUACGGAGAUGCACAACAAAAUAUUAUGGUUGAUCUUGCAACACGACCAAACUUCAUCCAACCACUCGUGAACAAGACCUUCUCAUCAGCUCAGCCAAUGAGAAUGGACGUGAGAGUCGACGGAGAACCUUUCCCAGAAUUGAAAUGGAUGAAGGAAUGGCGCCCAAUUGUCGAGUCGUCUCGCAUCAAGUUUGUUCAAGACGGACCUUAUUUGUGCUCUUUGAUCAUUAAUGAUCCAAUGUGGAGAGACUCCGGAAUCUAUUCAUGUGUUGCUGUAAAUGAUGCCGGACAAGCCACGACGUCGUGUACUGUUACUGUUGAAGCUGAAGGCGACUACAAUGACGUCGAACUUCCCCGUCGCCGAGUGACAAUCGAAUCGCGACGAGUGCGAGAGCUCUACGAAAUCUCUGAAAAAGACGAAAAGUUGGCGGCCGAAGGAGCACCAUUUCGAGUCAAAGAAAAAGCCACGGGACGCGAGUUUUUGGCGCAGUUGAGACCGAUCGAUGAUGCUCUAAUGCGCCACGUGGAUAUCCACAAUUCGUUGGAUCAUCCAGGAAUUGUGCAAAUGCAUCGGGUGCUUAGAGAUGAGAAAUUGGCAUUGGUGGUGUUUGAUAAUGCAAACUCAACUAUCGACGGCCUCUCAAGCCUUGCGCACCCUGGCGUCGAAAUUGCUGAGCCAAAAGGAGUCAACCGUGAAACAUGUGUUCGUGUCUUUGUUCGUCAACUUCUUCUUGCUCUCAAGCACAUGCAUGAUUUGCGAAUUGCCCAUCUAGAUCUCCGUCCCGAAACCAUUCUUCUUCAAGAUGAUAAGCUGAAAUUAGCAGACUUCGGUCAAGCAAGACGCCUUCUACGCGGCCUUAUCACCGGAGAAAUCAAGGGAUCGCCCGAGUUCGUGAGCCCUGAAAUCGUGAGAAGUUACCCAUUGACCCUGGCAACUGAUAUGUGGAGUACUGGAGUUUUGACAUAUGUAUUACUAACCGGAUUGUCACCAUUCCACGGAGAUAAUGACAAUGAGACCCUUGCAAACGUUGAUAGUUGCCAAUUUGAUUCGUCUCCUCUUGGCAACUUCUCCUAUGACGCCGGAGAUUUCGUCAAGAAACUGUUGACCGAGAUUCCAGUCUCACGUUUGACAGUUGAUGAAGCAUUAGACCAUCCAUGGAUUAACGAUGAAAAGCUGAAAACUGAACCUUUGUCAGCUGACACGUUGAGGGAAUUCAAAUAUCAGCAUAAGUGGCUGGAACGUCGCGUGUUCGUUCAACAGACGCCGUCCGAACAGAUUCUUGAAGCAAUUCUUGGUCCGGCAACGGCACAAGCUCAACAAAAUGCUCCUGUAGCACCGGAAGGUCGACGUCCUGCUGAAAUUUACGACUAUCUGAGAAUUCAGCCGAAAAAGCCACCACCGACUGUGGAAUACGUUCCACAACCUAGAAAAGAGCAUCCGCCGUUUAUUGACGAAUUCGGACAACUUAUUGACGGAGACGCUUUUGAUCGACCAGAGGGUACUGGAUUUGAAGGACCACAUAGACAACCACCACAAAUUCCACCUCAACCUCAACGACCGAACCAGGCAGCUCACGAUUCGAGACGACACGAACAACAACCACAACAUCAGGGGCAACCACAGCGAAUUCCUGUUGAUCAAUACGGUCGUCCGCUAGUCGACCCACGUUACCUGAACGAUCCAUCGCACCGCCCGAGUUCCCUUGACGACGCUCCAUUCUACGUGGACAAAUACGGAAAUCCGGUGCACUUUGACAAAUACGGUAGACCAAUGGCUCCACAAAACUUGGAAAAGCGAAAGCUUAUCCCACAAGACAAAGGAGAAACCCCAUCUCAUUCCAAAAAAGAAAAGACUCAGCAUCCAGUUGCUACACCGAUUCUAGCAUCGCCGGGAGGAGAUCAACAGCAGCAGAAGAUCCCGAUGAGAAUGAUCCGUGGGGAACGAAGAGAAAUCGAAGAGGAAAUUGCGAAUAGAAUAUUAUCAGAUAUUUCUGAAGAAGGAUCAAUUGCUGGUUCACUUGCCAGUUUGGAAGAUUUUGAGAUUCCCAAGGAUUUCCAAGUAGAGGCAUCUGAGCCAUCAACACCAACUCUCACACCAGAAGUAACAAUCAGAGAGACUAUUCCAAAGCCAACACCAUCUCCAACAUCCCCACAGAAAUCUCCAGUUCCACAACCACAAGGUCUCUUGAUUCCAGCAAAGGUCACCUACUCUGACUCAAUACUCGCCGGACUCCCUGCAGCAGAUAAAAAGGUCCUCGAAGACGCGGAAAACGAUCCAUCCAUCCCAGUCGGUGCUCCACUUUUCCUUGAAGGACUCCACGGAUCUGAUCUUACAAUCGACACGACCUCAGCUUCAGGACUGAUCAAAGUCACAUCCCCAGCUAUCAACCUCAGUCCAAAUCCAAAAUCUCCACGCCGUUCCACUCCAGGUACAAAGAGUCCAGUUGUGUUGAGUCCACGUCAAGAGCACUCAAUGGAAGUAUUGAUCGCAACAAAGCGAGGAAAACCUGGAUUCUUGCCACCAGGAGAACUUGCUGAAGAUAUUGAUGAUGAGGAUGCAUUUAUGGAUGACAGAAAGAAACAAGUGAAACCAAAGGAUCAUGAUGGAGAAAAUGAUUUCAAAGAUGAGAAAGAAAGACUGGAGAAGGACAAAAACAGAAGAACUGUUAACUUGGAUGAUCUUGAUAAAUAUCGUCCAAGUGCAUUCUACAAAGAUGAUAGUGAUUUCGGACAUCCUGGAUAUGAUAUUGAUGCAACUCCAUGGGACUCACAUUAUCAGAUUGGUCCAGACACUUAUCUGAUGGCUGCUCGUGGAGCCGCCUUCAACUCCCGAGUCCGUAACUAUCGUGAGGAACUCUUCGGAAUGGGGGCUCCAACUGUCAAACAGGGAUUCCUCGGAGUCAGAAAUCGUGACAUUACUGUUCGUGAACGUCGUCGUUACACUGAUAUCCUCCGCGAGACUACACAAGGCCUUGAGCCAAAAUCUCAUGAGCAAUCAACAGCUCUUCUUCAAAAAGCUCCAUCAGCAACAGCAAUUGAGAGAAUUAAGGCUGAUAUUGAGAAGGUCACGCCGUGUGCCACAAAGAAGAAUGAUGAUGGAACCUUUGCCCCAAUCUUCACUGCCCGUCUCCGUGAUGUGUAUCUUCGUAAAAACCAACCAGCAAUUUUCGAAUGCGCUGUUUCAGCCAGCCCGGCUCCAAAAGUUACUUGGGACUUCCAAGGGAAGAUUCUAGAGUCUAACGACAGGGUUACAAUCGAACAAGAUAACAAUGUCGCCCGUCUUAUCCUUAACCAUGCAGCUCCUUACGAUCUUGGAGAAUACGUGUGCACUGCCAUAAAUGAAUAUGGAACAGAUAAAUCAAGUUGCCGACUGAUAAGUGGAGAGACUCCAUCUCGUCCAGGAAGACCUGAAGCUGAACUCUCAUCUGAUACGGAGAUUUUCAUUCAAUGGGAAGCUCCAGAAGGACCAACAUAUCUGGAAGGUAUCACCUACAGACUCGAAUAUCGUGUUGCAGGACCGAAUGAUCAUGGUGACCCAUGGAUCACUGUUUCUGAAAAGAUUGAUGAUGAAUCUGUAAUUGUUAAACAUCUAUCACCACUUGGAAUUUAUCAAUUCCGAGUCACUGCACAGAAUGGAUUCGGUCUAGGGCUCCCAUCAUUGAGUAGCAGAAUUGUUCAAACUCACGGAAAAGGAGCACCAAAGUUGCAAAUUGAUGUUUUGAAAUCCGAGAUUCGACUGAAUGUUGUUUCAAUGCCUCAAAAGUCUACAAAUCAAUUAGGAGGAAUUUCGGAGGAAAGUGAAGAGGAUUCGGAGGCAAGAACGGCAAAUGAAGAUAUGAAAUCAAAUCUGCAAUUGCAAACUGAUGAUCCAACAGGACGGUUCCAGAUCGGUGGUCUCAAGUUCAAGGGACGUUUCUCUGUGAUCCGCGACGCCGUCGAUUCCACAACAGAAGGUCACGCCCAUUGCGCUGUGAAGAUUCGUCAUCCAUCGUCUGAAGCGAUCUCAGAGUAUGAAUCGCUUCGUGAUGGUCAGCAUGAAAAUGUUCAACGCCUUAUCGCCGCAUUCAAUAACUCCAAUUUCUUGUAUCUAUUAUCGGAAAGACUCUACGAAGAUGUGUUUUCUCGUUUUGUGUUCAACGAUUAUUAUACAGAAGAACAAGUUGCAUUGACAAUGAGACAAGUCACUUCGGCACUUCAUUUCUUGCAUUUCAAAGGAAUUGCCCAUCUUGAUGUGAAUCCACACAACAUAAUGUUCCAAUCAAAACGUAGUUGGGUCGUGAAACUAGUUGAUUUUGGAAGAGCACAAAAAGUGUCGGGAGCUGUGAAACCAGUUGAUUUUGAUACUAAAUGGGCUUCACCAGAAUUCCAUAUUCCGGAAACUCCGGUUACCGUUCAAAGUGACAUGUGGGGUAUGGGAGUCGUCACUUUCUGCCUUCUCGCUGGAUUCCACCCGUUCACUUCUGAAUACGACCGCGAAGAGGAGAUCAAGGAGAACGUGAUCAAUGUGAAAUGUGAUCCAAAUUUGAUUCCAGUCAACGCUUCCCAAGAAUGCCUUUCAUUUGCCACGUGGGCGCUCAAAAAGUCGCCAGUUCGCCGAAUGAGAACCGACGAGGCUCUUUCUCAUAAGUUCCUUUCUUCAGAUCCAUCGAUGGUUAGAAGGAGGGAAUCUAUUAAAUACUCUGCAUCAAGACUCCGAAAGCUUGCCGCAAUGAUCCGCCAGCCAACAUUCAGCCAACCAAUCAGCGAAGAGCUCGAGUCGAAAUAUGGAAAAUAAAUGUUUCAUUUUCUUUUUUUUUACCAAUAAUUAUGCUUUAAAAUUUGAAUAGUUUAAUCAUUUUCUCUUUUUUUUCGACAAACUUUUUGGAUACAAUCUGUGCCCGAGAUUUUCCAAAUUAAUAGUCGAAUUUAUCGUUUCUACGAGUAGAUUUUUAUUCAUUUUUGAACUUUUUUUUAACUUUAAAAGCCUUCAACGACUUUUUGCCUAUUUUGUGCUUUCUGUUUCCCGAAUCUGCUUAAUUUUCUCUUGUGCCCAAGGAGAAAUUGAGUGGGGUGGGAAACUUGUGUUAAAUGUUUUUUUUUUAAUUUUUAUUUAUGCAACGAUGAUUAAAUUGUAAUUAGAAUAGCUUCAUAUUUCUAUUUUCAUAACUUUUUAAUGAUAACCUUCUUCCUUCCAUUUUUCAGAAAACAAACGAAAUGUAUGUAUCUGCCGAAUAAAGUUCUGAAAAUUUUUG